AAUCCCUUGCGAUUCGGCGCAGGACCUCAUAGUAACAUCCAGACUCAAUGGCAUGCAUGCAACGAUAAUGAGAUGAUGCACCGCAAUAUUCAUAUUAUUUGCAUCCAGAUGCCUUGAACAACUGCUGGUCCGAAAUGCACCCUUGAAUGAGGGGUCUCGCCCACGUCCGGAAGUCCAGAAGUGGACUGGGCAAUUGAGGGGGCGCAAUUUGGAAAUGCAAAAAUCCAAUAAGGACCCGGAAUUCAACAACCCUCAACAUGCACAGUUGUGGACCGCCACAACGGAACCUCACCGAACUCAUAGACAUCCCCAACUUGCCGUCAUAACCUUUCCUUGCUACCGCACGAUCAAUCCCGGCUUACUUUGUUGCCCGCUGGAUGUGCUCGUAGUGUUAGCCCCUAAACGCUUUCGGAUCCUGCCACAACGUUGCCUAUGCAGCUUCGCUUUAGUCAUAACACAAACCUGGAACUGCCUAUGGCGGCGCCCCCUCUUACUUUGCACAUUGAGCUUUGUUUCACAAGCGCCCGCCAAUAGGAGCAGCACAGGACUAUCAACAUUUUUUUUAUCGGCGAUACGAUAUUAUCACGCUCGAUUUGAAGCUGAUGACUCCAAUCUCCAGAUGUGUCCAUGCCUCCCUUUGCUCUCCAACCGCAAAGCACAUGCAAUGCUGCGGUCAGGUCGAGACUCCACCUAAGCACCAAGCUCAACCAAAGUAUUCCCAUAUAUAAUACUGCCAGUUUCUCCUCCCCCAUAUGCCAAAUAUCAUCCUAUCAAUAUAGCCUCCGGUUAUUCCCAGUUCCCAUUCUCUGGGUGUAGAGGCGAGAGAAGGAAGGAAGCCAAACUGGAGCCAAAACGCCACUGGUACUAUCGACACAAAUUGUUGGACACAGCUCUUUCCUAACGUAGUGAUGUGUCCCCUACUGCCUGCAUCAUAGCGAGU